UGUCCAGCCUCAGAUCCAUGGUGGCAGAGGAGGGCAACAUCUCCCCAGACCAGGUCAUCCUCUCCGAGCUCUUCUCCACGGGUUUCCAGCGCUCCUUCUCAGACGACGAUGACCUGACAGCCAUCGCUGACAGUGAUGUCGUCUACGCCUUUCAGGCUCCGCCCCUCCACAGUCGUGGAGGCUCCUCACAGCACUCAGGGUAUCACCACAGCCUCCCCUCCUCCCCCUACACCUCCACGGCCGGACCCGACGGUCAGAGGCUGCUCUCGUCUGGCACGCUCUCCUCUGAAUACCUGAACCAGGGCGGCUCCUCCAAGGUCCUCUUCCUCAUCUGCAACACAGCUGGAUCUGGCCAGCAGGCUGUCAGGUUUGGACCUCCGUUUCUCAUGCGGGAGGACAGGAGUAUCUCCUGGGACCAGCUGCAGCAGAGCAUCCUCAGCAAGCUCUAUUAUCUGAUGCUGAAUGGAUCUCAGGCUCAGGUAAUGACCACACACCCGAUAAGCAAUAACAUGUCAGCCUCUCUGUUCUGUGACCUGAAGACUUCAGCUCAGUACCUUUUUCACUCCAGUGGACCAAACAAAAAUAGAAGAUUAGAGCUCAUUUAG